AUACUAUUUUGUCGAUGACAGAAUUUAACUGUCACGCGGCGCAAUUAAUCUUGUGUUAUAGUUAAUAAACUUGCGAUACUUUGAUUCGUAUUUUAAUAUUGAAAAAUACCUAUUUUUAGACAUCUUUAUCAAUCGGAUAUUAUACAUAUAUAAUAAGAGCAAUUAAACCAUGAUACAUAAAUGAGAAGAUAAGCAAGCAGUUAGUAAAAUAUAAAUAACAGAGUGUUGGGACAAUUAUUGCUUCAUUAAUUAUUGCUGAUGACACAUAUCACUAUACAUGUUAAUUUAACAGAAGAUUAAUUUUUACAUACUGUGACACAUUGUUAUUGCAGUGUAAUGAUGGGCAGGUGCUGAAACACGCUGUGACCAUCAAUUUAUCGCCCAAUGAUGAAAUGACAAUUACUCCGUAUAUUAGGUGGCACCAUGUUACAUGAAAUCCGCUGGAUGUGCAAAAUGGCAAUCUCUUAAAUCAGGAAGUCGUGUGCCUAUAAAGCCAGGUGACGUCUGCUCUCUACUGCCUGACAAAUGUUGGUUUAAGGUUAUCUCAGUGCCAGACACAAUGGAAGAGAAUGAUCAGAUAUUAAAGAGAAAAGUUGAUGAAGAUUCAAGUAACGAAGCAGACAGUAAGAAAGCAUGCUUGUCAUCCAGCACAGAAGCUGUUGUGUCCCCUAGUGAAACGUUGAAUAUUCUUAAUGAUAAGGAUUUAUUAACUAAACAUGAGAAUUUUCCCAUUAAUGGAAACGCGGAACCCGAUAUACUUGUGCCAGUCUUACAGGAGAUUUAUUCUGCAAGCUGUCCGGAGGGAAGUAAUAUGCCUGCAACUAGUUCUAAAAUGUCAAUAGAUUUUCAAGACGCAAUUGAAUCUUUUGUGGAGCAUGAGAAUACAAAACAAAAAGCAGAGAAUAUUAAUUUAACAAAUGAAACUGCAACAGAUUCAAUAGACGCUGAAUCCGUUGAAAAGAAAAUCAAAUGGGAUGGCAAUGCUCGCUUCAGUGAUCGGGCUGAAGCAGCUUCUGUCGGUGAUCGAGCUGAAGCAGCUUCAGCUUCAGUUCCAGUUCCACAGAACGAUUCUCAAUCGCCAGUUGUCGCGCCUCGGAAACGAAAAAAUGCACCAAAACCUGACAGAGUUCCUAGAGAAAAGUGCAAGUACGGCACUCAAUGUUACCGGAAGAAUUCCAAUCACAAAACCAAUUACAGCCAUCCGGGCGAUCGCGAUUACGAUGAAGUCGACAAUCGAGUAGAGUGUCCAUAUGGUGUGAAGUGCUAUCGUAAGAAUCCACAGCACAGGGCUCAAUAUAAGCACACGAUUGUGUCGCGUCGUCGUCGAAAAGCUACCAUUCCCGUGCCUUCAGCGACUGUCGAUACACCUGAAACAGACCAUUCGUCCGCGGAAGAAUCCGUAGACGAGUCCGAUUACGAACCAUCCGUGUACACGGAGAGUUCGGACGAUUGGGACGAUAGCAGGAGCGAGUGGGAAGAUGGCACAACCGGCUGACCAAAGAUUUACUGGUCUUCUCAUGUCAUCGUCCAUUUCUAUGUCAUUUUUGAGAACGUUCAAAUUAUAAGAUACGUUUAUUAUAGUAUAUAAUACAGAUAUUUUAUUAUGAAAUAUUUAUUUUUAUAUUUGAACUGAAGUAUUGUACCUGUAUUCUUAUAAUGUGAAGAGAGGUAUAAAAAUGUUAAGAAUAUAUCACAACUGA